AUGAAUGAUACAUCUAAUGAUAUUGUGGAUUCACUACCCCAUGAUGAUAAUGGAGACAAUAUUGGUGAUAAUACAAGUAAUCAUUCUAAUUAUAGCCCUAAUAAUAGAAGAACUUUAGGUAGCCAAAACAGAGUUGCCAAUGAGGAGCCUCUAGGCAGCUCAAAUGAACAUCCUAAUCAAGAAUCUUCAACUAAUGUUGAAGAUAAUCUUGAAAGAGUUACCAAAUGGCAACUCGUGCGUAGCUCAGAUGAGGCUGCCAGUUCUCAAAGACAUGAUGAAAGUCUCUUUCCUGAGGGUACUCAAAGUACACCUUCUACUUCAGGUCAACCUAGUAAAAGGUCUACUAGAAUUCCAGUGUUUCCACAAAAAUUUAAUGACUUUGUUAUUGAAGUUAAAGUCAAAUAUGGAUUAGAAAAACUCGUUAAUUAUUCAUGUCUUUCUUCUGCAAACUUAUGCUUUGUAUCUAGUUUAAACAAAUCUGUUGAACCUAAGAAUUUUCGUGAAGCUUGUACAGAUAUAAAUGGGAUAAAUGCUAUGAAUGAUGAAAUGGAAGCUUUACAUAGAAAUAAUAUUUGGGUUAUAACGGACUUGCAUAAAGGUAGAAAACCUAUAGGCUGCAAAUGGAUAUAUAAAAUAAAAAACAAAUCUAAUGAGGAAAUAGAAAAAUACAAAGCUAGACUUGUUGCUAAAGGAUACAGUCAGAGAGAAGGUCUAGACUAUGAUGAGACAUUCUCUCCAGUUGUUAAAAAUGUUGAAGAAGUUUACAUGAGCUUGCCUGAAGGUUAUUAUAAUGCAAAUGAUAAAUAUGUUGUUAAGAGAGAAGAUGUUGACGGAACUGAUGGUGAGGGUGAUGAUGAUGAUGGUGAUCUAGAACUCCAGGGUGUUACUGAUUUUAUUUCAUUGAUGACCAAAAUAUAUAGGAUGUACACAAGAGGUGGUGGAUUCAAACCCAAUGGGAGUUCUGAUCCCUUUAUGAAGAAACAAGAUAUGAUCAAACCAUAUGUUGAUGCUUCAAAGGAAAAAGCUAAAGCCAUCUGCAACAACUACCAGAAGUCUAGACACUUCGCAUCUGAAUGCGGAUCAAAGCCUGUAAAAAAACAAUAUGUUUACUACAAGGCUAGCUAA